AUCGCUUCACUUAACAUUUACACAGCGAUAAAGCACAUUCGGGUGCAAACAAACAAGUCGUGCGCUUCGAAAACAACUGAUUAUACUCUCUCUUUUUUUAAAAAGAAAAAGAAAAUGGAAACAUCAACAAUGAGUGGUAUUUUGGCGAAGAAGUGAUUAAUAUCUCGACUGUAUCGGGAAUGGCGUGUAAUGCAUCCACGGCGCUGAACCAAAGGAAAGAGGUUGAGGAAGAUGAUUGGAGGAGUUCAUCGUCUACCACCACGACGUCGUCGUCUUGGAUCGGGAUGAAUAGUGAUGGAUCUGCCGAUGGUGGAGAUUGCGACGGAGAUGAUGAUGAGGUGGAAAGCUCUUAUAAAGGUGGCUUAGACAUUAUGGAUUCGCUUCAACAGGUUUUGCCUAUGAGGAGAGGGAUCUCAAGUUUUUACAAUGGGAAAUCCAAGUGUUUCACAAAUUUAGCUGAUGGCUCAUCCACUUCAUCGAUUAAAGAGAUAGCAAAACCUGAAAACGCCUAUACACGGAGGAGGAGAAACCUGUUAGCAAUCAACUAUGCAUGGGACAAGAACAAGUUCAAAAGACCCAUCAAAUCCAUAAUGAAUUCAAGAAAAAGCAGAUUGGCUUUUCUAGCUGUUGCAAUGGGUAGCUCUGAAAGUAUCUCUGCUACCACAAGUGACCACUCUACUUCUAACUUCAUGCCCUCUGCACCCGCCCUCAAACCCCCACUUCUUUCAAUAAUAUAAGACCCCCUUACUCGUCGUAGCCGGAAUUUCUCUAAUUGGUUGUCCUUUUCGUUGUCUGGUGUACGGCACUGUCAUGGGAAGCAUUCAUCCCGAUUGCUCAUUACUUGAGGAUAAAACUAACUCUUAAGAAACAAAAUUGAUACUAAUUUGCUUUGCUUCUUACAGAGCUUGAUAUAUAUUUUAUUGACCCUAAUGCAUGUGGAUGAUCAUGCUGAGCGGUACUUUUUCUCUUUUACGUAUAGACAUUAAAAUUCAA